AUGGAGGCCCAGUGCAAGGAGGCGGCCGCCCUGGUGAAAAAGAUCGCCAGCAUCCACGCCGCCCUCUCCAAGCUGCCGCCCCUGAGCCCGUCUUCCGACGCCGACGCGCUGUUCACCACGCUCGUCGCCGCGUGCGUCACGUCGAGCCCCGCCGUCAAUGUCACGUCGCUGGGCCCCGAGGCCGGGAGGAUGCGUGACGACCUCGUCCGACUCUGCGCGGACGCCGAGGCGCGCCUCGAGGCACAAUGCGCCGACGCGCUCGCCGCCCUCGACGGCGACCCGCUCGACCACCUGGGGCGCCUCUUCCCGUUCUACGACAGCUACGCCCGCCUGGGCGAGCUGGAGCACGCGCUCUUAUCCCGGCACGCGCCGGACCACCUCGCCGUGCCCGCGCGCGUCGCGUUCCUCGGGUCGGGCUCGCUGCCGCUCAGCCCGCUCCUGGUCGCCGCGCGCCACAUGACGGACGCGGCCGUCGACUGCUACGACCGGUGCGCCGCGGCCAACGACCGGGCGAGCAGGCUGCUGCUGCGCCCGCGCGCCGACGACGACGAGAAGCGUGGCGGCCUGGCCGAACGCAUGUCGUUCCGCACGGCCGACGUCGAGGACCUGACGCGCGAUCUCGCCGCGUACGACGUGGUCCUCCUGGCGGCGCCCGUCGGCGUGUCGCCGGGGCAGAAGGCACGCGUUGUGGCGCACCUGGGCGAGCACAUGGCGGAUGGCGCGGUGCACGUCGCGCGGAGCGCGCACGGGGCACGCGGGUUCCUGUGCGCCGUCCUGGAACCCGCGGACGUCGCCCGGGGCGGGUUCCAGGUGCUGGCGGUGCACCACCCCGACGACCGCCAGGUGAUCAACUCCAUCAUCGUCGCCCGUAAGGUGGCGGCUGUGGGUGGACUCUCCCAGCUCGCGCCGCCGGUGUUGAGCCCGCCGUGCAAGUGCUGCGAGCCAAAGACACCGCGCAGGAGACUGCUGCCGACGACCUGCCACCUCGACGCGAUGAACGAAAUCCGUAGGCGCGCAUGGUAA